AUGGAGAUUGUAGGACUCAUCCAAAAUGCAAUAAUUAAAGCUCUUUUUAAUAUUCUUCUUGUCAUUACUUUAGUUAAAGGAUUGGGACAAACGACUGAUCAAGAACCAGAAUUUCUACAACCUUUGGACAAUCUUACAGUCACACAAGGACGUGAUGUAUCAUUCACAUGUGUAGUUAAUAAUUUAGGUCAAUACAGGGUUGCAUGGAUAAAAUCAGAUUCUAAGGCAAUUUUAGCAAUUCAUACACAUAUGGUUGCACUUAAUCCUCGCUUAUCGGUAACACAUAAUGGACAUAAUACGUGGAAGUUGCACAUUUCACAUGUUCAGUUGAAUGAUAGUGGAAGUUAUAUGUGUCAAGUGAAUACAGAUCCUAUGCGAUCACAGUCAGGACACUUGGAUGUUGUUGUACCACCAGAUAUCCUCAAUGCAAUCGAGUCAUCUGGAGAUGAAAGUGUGACAAAUGAAGGAGGAAAUGUACAAUUGUUAUGUCAAGCGACAGGCGUUCCUGAACCAAGUGUGCAAUGGAGACGAGAGGAUGGUAAAGACAUUGUUGUUCGGAAUGAAGGCAGAGACAAGCAAUUUCAAAAAGCUAUCGAGGGCGAAAGAUUAUCGUUGAGUGGUGUUCAGAGAUCAGAUAUGGGUGGAUAUCUGUGCAUCGCAUCCAAUGGAAUUCCACCUAGUGUAUCUAAGCGUUAUGAUGUUCAAGUGAACUUUCCUCCAUCAGUCAAAGCCGUUAAUCAAUUAGUCGCAGCUCCAGUUGAAAGUCAUGUUUCGUUUGCAUGUAUUGUCGAAGCAUUUCCGAAGCCUCUCAAUACAUGGUUCAGUCGUGAAGACUCAAAAUUAUAUCAUGGUGAAAAGUAUCACAUAAUUGAGUCAAUGAUUAAUUCGUUUACAUGGCAAAUGAAUAUAACAGUGAGGAAUCUACAGAAAAGUGACUUUGGACAAUACGUAUGUUCAAGUGAGAAUGCUCUCGGUAAAUCUGAUGCACCGAUACGAUUGCAAGAACUUUUGUUACCAAAGAAACCAACAACAACACCAACUCCAUAUAUUUUCACAACAGUAAAGCCACCGAGAAACAGGAAUAAACAACAGCAUAAUCAUCAACAUAAGACACAGCAUGAUGGUAAAGGAACAAAGGAUAUAAUUGGAGGACCAAAUCAAAUCCAAACGAUUCGUGAAAAUGAAGCAAAUGCUGCGAGUGAAGUUAUGACACAAGCACCAGUGAAAACGAAUGGCGAUAAGAGCAGGAAUAAUCAGCCAUCAAGUAUAAUUCCAUCACGUCCUCCAUGGGUCGUUCUCGGUAGUAACAACAGCGCGAAACUUCAAGUGAGCUUCCUCAAGUACUUCUCUGUACUUGUCAUCAUAUCACAAGUUCUAAUGGCUUGA